AUUCGUGCCGGUAAUGGUUAGGUGAAGCACUGAGGAGGUCGUGGGACGCUGAGGGACGAGGUUGUGGGGUUGGACUCAGGCUACGUUAGGUACUGGCAGGCUUACAGCAAGGCACCGCUUCGUAUCAGCAGAAUUGGACCAAGUCUAUAAGCGUCUGCUGGAGAAAGGCUUCAUACCGGCUGAACGACCAAGGCGUCCUAACUGGACUGUCGCAAUGACGUCAGGACAAGGACAGUGGCCAGCGGAUGUCGGCAUCACUGCCAUUGAAAUAUAUUUCCCGUCCCAGUAUGUCGACCAGGAAGAGCUGGAGUCGUUUGAUGGCGCGUCCGCCGGUAAAUACACCAUCGGUCUGGGCCAGAAGCGCAUGGGCUUCUGCUCCGAUCUGGAGGACAUCAACUCGCUGUGCAUGACAGUGGUCCACAAACUCAUGGAGAAAACUGGCACUGCGUACGAGGCGAUCGGCCGGCUGGAGGUGGGCACAGAGACGCUCGUGGACAAGUCCAAGUCGGUGAAGUCGGUGCUGAUGCAGCUGUUCCCGGCCAGCGCCGCCGCCGACAUCGAGGGCGUCGACACGACCAACGCCUGCUACGGCGGCACGGCGGCGCUCUUCAACGCGCUCAACUGGGUGGAGUCGUCGGCCUGGGACGGCCGGCUGGCGCUGGUGGUGUGCGGCGACAUCGCCGUCUACGCCACGGGCAGCGCUCGGCCCACCGGCGGCGCCGGCGCCGUCGCCAUGCUGGUCGGACCGCACGCGCCGCUGGUGGUCGAGCGGGGUCUGCGCUCCAGCCACAUGCAGCACGCAUACGACUUCUACAAGCCGGACCUGAACUCCGAGUACCCGGUGGUGGACGGCCGGCUCAGCAUCCAGUGCUACCUGAGCGCGCUGGACCGGUGCUACGGGCGCUACCGCCAGAAGGCAGCGGCCCUCCCAGGCGGCGGUCCAGUGACGGUCGACUCCUUCGACGCCGUUCUCUUCCACUCGCCGUUCGGCAAGCUGGUGCAGAAGUCGCUGGCCAGACUGGUCUUCAAUGACUUCCUCGAGACGGACGCCGCCGCCGUGCCCGAGCGGUUCCCCGGACUGGAGGCGUUCAGGAGCAAGACGCUGGAGGAGAGCUACUUCGACCGCGACGUGGAGAAGGCUUUCAUGGAGCGAAGCCGGGCGCAGUUCGAGCAGAAGACAAAGCCGUCGCUGCUGCUGGCCUCCAACGUGGGCAACAUGUACACGCCCUCGCUGUACAGCUGUCUCGUCUCGCUGCUGGUCAGCAAAAAGCCCGACGAGCUGACGGGGAGUCGGAUAGCGCUCUUCUCGUACGGAUCUGGACUGGCGUCGUCACUGUUUUCGAUCCGGAUUGCCACCACCAAUGGAUCCGGAUCUCGCCUGGAGGCAUUGCUGGCGGGCGUCAGUGACGUGGUUGGCCGCCUGGAGGCGCGUCAGAAGGUGGAGCCGGCCGCAUUCGCCGACACGAUGCAGCUCCGCGAGCAGUCGCACCACCUGGCUCCCUACGCGCCCAAGGCCGACCCAAGCAUGCUCUUCCCGGGCACCUACUACCUGACCGGCAUCGACGAGAAGCACCGCCGCCAAUACGCCCGCGCCACGUGAUGACGUCACAUGCUGGCGCCGUGCGACGGCGGUGACGUGCCGGCACGGCGCCGCACGUGCGCCGCCGGCGCCAGGGGUGCUCGUUACUGGUGGUGGUGCCGUGGCCGCGAGGUAGCGCCAUAAGCUCCCGGCUGGCACGCGUCAACCUGGCGCCUGCAGGCUGGCGCUGUCCGGUGCAGGUGGCGCCACCGGUGCCCGUGGCAGGUGAUGUCAGGACGUGCGAAUCAAACAGGAACACGCCAAUUCAGUUUUCGAGUCAGCUUUUAAGAAAAGCAGUUACACAUAAUUGAAUGGCUGCCGACUAUCUAGCGUAACGACUGUUUUGGAAUAUAAUGCAAUUUUCACUAUCUGGAUCUGAAGCAUCCAUCGGUUCAGCUAUUUGCUAGUUUAAGUGGGACACGCCAGUUUUUUCGCGGAGUCCCGCUUUUGAAAGCUGAUCAGUACAAUAAUUUUGGCAUAUGCGGUAGCGGAGUAUAGUCCUUGUAACACCGGAAUGGCGUCGAGUGUCACCGGCAAUGUGGAUGAACUUUCGAAUCCGUCUGGGGUCUUGCAAUUAGCGGACCAUUUAGAUUGGUGCCAGUUGGCGUACGCCGGGCCGAUCAAUCAAAAGCUGUGGCUUUUGCGCGUAUUUUGCCGCGUGUCUGGCGAUUGUGGGCCACGUCUUGCGCCUGUCCGUCCUCGAUCGUUCGCGAGUAGUGCGGGAGAGGCCUUGUUACCCCCGUCGGACGGUGCUCCCCCCAUGGAGAGCCGGCGAUUGUUCAAGCCUUUGUAAUAUUUUGAGCCAGUCACUGGCCCGCCUCGUGCCUGUCGCGCUGUCUCCUGGAGUAUGACGCGAUUCGGGGCUGCGUUGCCCGUUGUCAUAAUUGAUGGUGCGAUUGCCGCGUUGUUAGCAGUACUUUACAACAUAAUACUCAGCGCUGUCGGAUCUGUACGGAAACGGAGCGCGUCGUGCCAGUAUUCAGCCCAGGGUGUGCUCGGAAGACAGAGGGCCUGUGCCGGCCUGCGAUCGUUUCUCCCGAGGGCUGUUGUGAGGGUGCCAGUCGUAGUUUAAGCGCAUAGCUCCCGUCACCAACCGAGACCAAAGCACGUACGUGUAGUUUGCUUGUCAUUCCGUGUUUCGUUGUUGAACGGCCGGACGCUGUUGAGCCGUGUUGGUGCCUGUUGCCGGACUGAGACGCGGUUCGGCAGCGAGCCGAUGGCUAGAGCGUGCCCGGAGUCGCGGCCGGCUGUCGGAAACGGCUUGCCGUGUCGGCGACGGGUUGUGCCAAACGUGGCUGAGGUGCUGACGGGCGUGCCGUCCGCGAAAGGAGGCGGCGGUUGACGGCGAUCGCUGCGUGGCUUUGAGAUAAGAGCAAAAGCCACGGUUGGAUAGGUUUAGCCCGGUCAUAAAAUGGUAUCCGUUGCGAUUUCGGCCACCAUAGCGUGUGCCAGGCCUGGAGUGGGCAGCGCGCGUCACGAUUAGCAAGUAUUAUACCGGACGGCUGUAACCUUCGGCGUUAUUGGUCAUGCCUUGCUGUUUGGAAAGCGGACCUGUCUUCCCUGUCGGCUCUGUUUUUGCUGGUAUCUGUUUACUAGGUUUUAAGUGAAAGGCCUCGAUGCUCGCAGCAUUGCGCGAGUCAUGCACAUAUCUUUGCGCCAGAUGGUAUUUGACCUCGUUGCACGCAUUGCAACACAUGGGUCCGUUGGUCCCUUGAAUCUUGGAUUGUGUAGGUUUAGCUCAGGUAUGAUUGCACACCUAUGAAGCCAUUGGCAGAAUUAGUUGUCUCGUACGGAUGGUGUACCGGUGAUGGCCAAUACAGACGGUGGUGGUG